AUGUCCCCAUUCGCCAUGCAUUCCGGCUCUUGGGGAGCGGUGGGGGACGAGGAAGCGCUCGCGGCGGCCGCAGCUGCGGCGCUGAUUGACGGUAGCGGGGACGCCAUUGCAGGAAUUCCGUUCUUCGAGUGGCUCAGCUUGAAGAAGCCUGCGCGGUACCUGGGCAAGGAGCACGGCGCGAUCCGCAAGGACUGGGACAGCGCGCGCGUACGCUUCUGUCUCACGUACCCCGAGGUCUACGAGGUGGGGGCGAGCAAUCUCGGUCACAUCAUUCUGUAUACGGUGCUGAACCAAGCGGAGGGCGUGAUGUGCGAUCGAGCUUACUUUGUGGACGAGGACAUGAGCCAGUGCCUCAAGAAGUAUAACAAGUCCCUUUUCGCUGUGGAGUCUCAACGCCCGCUCGCCCAAUUCGACACCCUCGGAUUCAGCCUCAGUUACGAGCUAGGCGCGACCAACAUUCUGCAAAUGCUGCACGAGUCGGGCAUCCCCAUCUCGUGGCAGGAGCGCAUGGAUGCAGACACAGCUGCACAUGGAGGAGAUGCCUUAGCGCCCUGGGAUGUCUCCACUGGGAGCAUGCCCCUUGCGUUUGCAGGCGGCCCCACGGCCACAUCUAACCCCGAGCCCUUUUCAGACUUCUUUGACUUCUUCGCUAUUGGCGAUGGCGAGGAGUGUCUGGUGGAGAUCGCGCAGUGCCUAGACACAUGCAAGCAGCGCCGUCUGUCCCGAUACGACACGCUGCUGGAGCUGGCACGCUCUGUGAAGGGCGUGUAUGUGCCCCAGCUCUACGAGACUGUGCCGGGGUGGGGCGCUGCGGUGCUGCCGAAGGUGGAAGGAGUGCCGUCUAAAGUUCUUCGACGAGUGGCCACUCCCAAUCCAUUGGACCACAUUGGCCUUGUGCCGCUCACCUCCACAGUGCACGAUCGUCUGACGGUGGAGAUUCGUCGAGGCUGCACCCGAGGGUGUCGAUUCUGCCAGCCUGGCAUGCUGACGAGGCCAGCUCGUGACGUGGAUCCAGACAAAGUGGUGGAGGCGGUGGAAGCAGGCAUGAGGAAGACGGGCUAUACAGAGUUCUCCCUCCUCUCCCUCAGCUGCUCUGACUACCUAGCGCUCCCAUCCGUGGGCAUCCAGAUCAAGAACCGGCUCAAGGAGCAGCCCAUCUCGCUGUCGCUGCCCAGCCAGCGAGUGGACCGAUUCAACGAUGACAUUGCCAACAUCAUUGGCGGCACACGCAAGGGUUCGAUCACGUUUGCACCUGAAGCAGGCACACAGAGGAUGAGGGAUGUCAUCAAUAAGGGCUUGACGGACGAGGAGCUGCUGCGGGGAGUGAAGGCGGCGUGGGACAAGGGGUGGCGGCAGGUGAAGCUCUACUUCAUGAUUGGCCUGCCGGGGGAGACGGACGAGGACGUCCUGGGCAUCGCCAAAACCAUCAAGUGGCUGCAGCAGAACUGUCGGCGCGGCCGCAACUUCCUGGGCGUGCGUCUGACCAUCUCCAACUUCACUCCCAAGCCACACACGCCCUUCCAGUGGCACACGGUGUCAACAGCAGAGUUCACGCGCAAGCAGCGCUUGCUCAGAGACGCGUUUGUGCGCAUGCCGGGAGUCAAAUGGAACUUUGGGGACGUGCGGCUAUCGGCCAUGGAGGAUUUCAUAGGGCGGGGCGACCGCAGCAUAGGCCGGGUGAUCCGGCGUGCGUGGGAGCUGGGGGCCAGCAACGAUGCUUGGUGGGUGAACCUGGAUCGCUGCUACGGCUGCUGGUCACAGGCCAUAGAUGAGUGCGGGCUGGAGUGGAAGUAUCGACGGGUGGUGGACGGCGAGUGGGACGUCAUGGAGAAAAUCGGCGACGACCGCUUCCGAGGCCAGGGCGGCAAGUCUCGUCUGGAUGUGGGGCCUCUUGCCGAUGCCAGGCUGGACGCCCCCUUGCCCUGGGACAUCAUCAAUACGGGCAUAGAGCGCUGGUGGCUCAAGGCGGAUCUGCAGAGGGCGCUGGAGGCCACCACUGUUCCCGACUGCUCGCACAGUGGCGUGUGUUCCAAGUGUGGUGUGUGCGAGGAAGACUUUGGAGAGAAUGUGGUGGCGGCCAUACCCCCCGUGCCAGAGUACGAUGGAGACUUCAAGCCCAACCGCAAGAGAGUGCAGCGUCUCCGGGUGCGCUUUGCCAAGAUGGGCGCCAUGACGCUGCUGGGUCACUUGGACACCGUCUCACUCCUCGAUAGGGCUCUUCGACGCGCCGACCUCCCUGUCUGCUAUGACAAUGGCUUCCACUCCCUCCCACGCAUCUCCUGUGCUGCGCCUCUGCCUCUGGGCCACAGCAGCUCCUGUGAGCUGGUGGACUUGGAGUUCACGCAGAAGCUCUCGGUGGCUGAUGUCAAGAAGAAGCUGCAGGAACAGCUGCCCGACGAGGUGCCCGUGCUGGACGCAUGGGAGGAACCGAUUUUCCGGGCAGACAAGAAGAACACAGACACUCUCACAAAGCAACUCUAUGCAAUCGAGUACUUGCUGUUGCUCCGAGUGGAGGGUGAUGCACAGGGAGCAGAGGGAGCAGAGGUAACAGACAGGAGCCUACAGGAGCAAGUGGAGGAGUGGGUACAGGGAGUGCUCGCCCUGCCAUCCUUCACUGUCACUCUGCAGAAGAAGCAAGGCGCAAAGCCCAAGGAGACGGAUCUACGUGCGCGGCUUCAUGAGCUGCGGGCUCUCCCCCAAGGCAGCGCUCUGCCAUCCGCCAUGCGCCUCAGCUGCAACGACGCGGCUGCCUUCGCUGCUGGCAGCAGCAGCAGCAGCAGCAGUGUGGUGGUGUCGUAUGUGGGCCAGCACACCACAGACGGCGGCACUUUGAGGCCAGAGGGAGUCCUCACCAUGCUCUCGGAGGUAGUUGCCCUACCUACCUCUCCCACGCUCAUCUCCUGUCCCCUCCCCAUCCGUGUGCUGAAAAAAAACCGACUUAUCCAAGGAUGCACAAUGCCGUUCGUGGUAUUCCUCUUCUUCUUCUGCUCCUGCUCUUUCUCGACUUGCCUCCGUCUAUUGUCUGCCUCCGUGCCUGGUGGCUUCUUUGUCGGGUCGUACUAUCCAUCUCGUACACGCGCACAGGGCCAAGCUCCACCUGUCACCGCCCUCUCAGCCAAAGGGCCUUUUUUCUUUCAGAAUGUUUUAAACCGCACGCCGCAGAUCGACUUUGCCAAGCUGAGGUCCAUUGGCAAUGACGAGGCAUUCCAAUCGCAGUCAACUCUCCUUUCUCCCCGCCCCCCCCCCCCACACGUGCCGCAUGCAUCUGGCCUCUCCAUCUCUUUCCUACAGAUCGACUUUGCCAAGCUAAGGUCCAUUGGCAACGACGAGGCGUUCCGGUCGCUGUACCGCCGCUUUGACGGCACCAGCCGAUUGAACGACACACAGCCGCUCUCCACCAAAGAUGCCAUUGAGAGUGCGCGCCAGGCUGCUCUUGCUAAGGCUCUGUGA